GUUUUGAUAACACCGUUGACUUUGACACACGCCCCCCAAGUACUAUCUUUUGCUAUGUUGAAAUUAAUAUUUUUUUUUUGUUGGCAAGAUCCAUGUCGGUUCAUGGCCCAACCUGCCCCAAAGCUGUAAGGCCUUUUCUCAUGGAUGACCUCUGCGAAGCAAAUGGCACUUUUGCCAUCAAAUUAUUUAACAUGUUGGGGGAAGAGAACCACUCAAGAAACAUGUUCUUCUCCCCGCUGAGCAUCUCCUCUGCCUUGGCCAUGGUCUUCAUGGGGGCCAAAGGCAACACUGCCACCCAGAUGUCCCAGGCCCUUUGCUUGGAUAAAGGCGGAGAUGUUCACCGGGGCUUUCAGUCUCUUCUCGCAGAAGUUAACAAAGCUGACGCUCAAUGUGUGCUCACGACCGCCAACAGACUCUUUGGAGAAAAGACCUGUGAUUUCCUUCCUGCUUUCAAGGACUCCUGCCUGGAGUUCUACCAUGCGGAGCUCGAGGAGCUGCCCUUUGCUGAGGACGCCGAGGGCUGCAGGAAACGCAUCAACGACUGGGUGGCCCAGAAGACAGAGGGUAAGAUUUCAGAGAUCCUGGGUGCUGGGACUGUCGACCCCCUGACUAAGCUGGUGCUCGUGAAUGCUAUUUAUUUCAAAGGAAAAUGGAACCAGCCAUUCGACAGAAAGCACACCAGGGGAAUGCCCUUUAAAACCAGCCAGGAGCAAAAGACAGUGCAGAUGAUGUUCAAGCAAGCGCAGUUUAACCUGGGGUACGUGGACGAGGUGCACGCUCAGGUCCUGGAGCUGCCCUACGCGGGGGAGGAGCUGAGCAUGGUCAUCCUGCUCCCCGAUGACGACACUGGUCUCCAUGAGGUGGAAAAAGCACUUACCUAUGAGAAGCUGAGCGACUGGACAGAUCCAGAGAAGAUGACCAAGGAUAAGGUUCAAGUUUUCCUUCCUCGACUAAAGCUGGAAGAGAGUUAUGACCUGGAGUCUGUUCUUCGGAGUUUAGGAAUGACGGAUGCUUUUGAGGAAGUCAGGGCAGACUUUUCUGGAAUGUCGACUAAGAAGAACGUGCCGGUGUCCAAGGUUGCACACAAGUGCUUUGUCGAGGUGAAUGAGGAGGGCACUGAGGCGGCCGCCACCACGGCCGUGGUCAGGAACACUCGGUGCUGCAAAAUGGAACCCAGAUUCUGCGCGGACCACCCCUUCCUUUUCUUCAUCAAGCACCACAAAACCAACAACAUUUUGUUCUGUGGCAGGUUCUCAUCUCCGUGAAGAGCUCAGGGCUGUCCACACGUCCCUUUCCCUCCCGUCUGCCCCCCUUGCCUUAACUCAGAUUCCAGGGGGCCCAGUUGGUUAUAGGGGCUGAUGGCCAAAAUAAAGUGUCUGCCCUUGGGGUGUUUGUGAGCAUUUUACUAAUUAUUCCACAGCCAUGGGGAACCAGGGAGGCUUCAGAUGCGUGAGGUUUGGGGUGCAGAGGGCGAGG